AUAAGUGAAAUGGCCAACCAAUCUAGUCCAACAGAGUUCCUUCUGAUGGGAUUUUCCGACGACCGUGAUGCACAGAUUUUACAUUCUGUAUUGUUUCUCUUCAUUUACUUGACAGCCUUAGUGGGGAAUUUUCUCAUCAUCACAGCUGUGGUCCUAGAUCACUACCUUCACAGUCCCAUGUACUUCUUUUUGACCAACCUGUCAUUUUUAGAUAUUUGCUACAUCACCACUACUGUCCCCAAAUCCAUAGCUAUUUCACUGACAAACAACAAAUUUAUUUCUUUUGCUGGAUGUGUCACACAGAUCUUCUUAGUGGUCACAUUUGUUGGUGGUGAGCUUGCUUUGCUCACAAUCAUGGCUUAUGACCGUUACAUAGCAAUCUGCCAUCCUCUGAAAUAUAGGCUAAUCAUGAAUUGGAAUGUCUGUAUCCAAAUGGUAGCUGCUUCCUGGAUAAUCAACCUCAUCCAUGCAGUAUUGCAAACCAGUUUCACUUUCAGGCUAGAUUUCUGUGGUUCUAAUAUGAUUGGGCAGUAUUUCUGUGACAUGCCACAGUUACAAAAGAAUUCUUGUAGUGACACUAAAGUUAAUCAAGUUCUGAUUUUUCUCAUUGGAUUAAGUGUGGACUCAUUUUGUUUUACACUCAUCUUUGCUUCCUAUGGCUACAUCUUCUCUGCUGUGCUGAAGAUCCCAUCUGUUCAAGGAAGAUAUAAAGCUUUCUCUACCUGCACUCCCCACCUGACUAUCUUUUCUUUAUUCAUAAUCACAGCAGUGUUUUCAUAUAUGAGGCCUAAAGCGCUUUCCUCUCCCUCUGUGGACUUGGUUUCCGCUGUACUGUAUACAGUUUUACCACCGGUUCUGAAUCCCGUCAUUUACAGCUUCAGAAACAAGGACAUCCAAGCGGCAGUAUGGAAAAUACCAAAAAAAAUAAAAAAAUCCAUAGCAUGA